AUGGAGAGGCUCGUCCGCGGCGCAGGGGUAACGAACCCUUCCCCUGCAGGCAUGGCAGCCCUGCACGAAGCUGUGCUCACCGGGAACCUGGACUGCGUCAAGCUCCUGGUGCGAUACGGCGCCGACAUCCACCAGAGGGACGAGAACGGCUGGACACCGCUGCACAUGGCCUGCAGCGACGGCUACGCCGACAUCGCCAGGUGA